CGAGCUAGGGUUCUUCGUAGCUCAGAGCUGUCUCUGCUGCUGUGCCCUGGGAAAAGGGUUUUCUGCCUUCUCUUGCAAGGGAAGCGAGAAACAGGAAAGAAAAGGAGAGGAGGGAGGGAGGGGGAGAGAAUGAGGCAGAGAGGAGGAGAGAGGCCAGGGAAGACAGAUGGGCAGAGGUGAUAGGCAGUUGUGCCAGUAGCUAGAUGUACUAUAUAAUGUGCCUCUCUGCUACCGUAAGGGAAGCAUGCAAACACUGUGUGGGCAGUGAGGAGUUAAAGGAAGCUAUUAUGGACACACUUGUGUAAUGUGGCGCUUCUGCAGUGAGGGUUUACACAGGGAGACUGCCAGUGAAGGCACAGGCUGACAGAGGAGGAACUGGUGGAAGACCAAAGAUGGCUCCUGCCGGUGCUUUCUGGAUGCUGUUAACCGGUUAUCUCUUAAUAUCAAGAAGUAGUGGGGAGGAGGACUCGUCCAGAGAAAUGGAGUGCAAGAUGAAGAGCAUCACAGUGUCUGCUCUCCCCUUUCUCCGGGAAAACGACCUCAGCAUCAUGCAUAGUCCCUCUGCUUCUGAGCCCAAGCUGCUUUUCUCUGUCCGGAAUGACUUCCCAGGGGAAAUUGCUGUAGCUGAUGACUUGGAGAACACAGAGCUGCCCUACUUUGUGUUGGAGAUUGCAGGGAACACAGAUGAUAUCCCACUUGUCCGCUGGAGGCAGCAGUGGCUUGAAAAUGGCACCCUGCUCUUUCAUAUACACCACCAAGAUGGAUCUUCCAGUCUGCCAGGACAGGAAACUACAGAAGAACCUCAGGGAGAAGCUGCUGAAGAGGAGCUGAGGAUACUGCACAUUUCUGUAAUGGGGGGAAUGAUUGCUCUCCUUCUCUGCAUUUUGUGUUUACUGCUGAUCUUGUAUACACGGCGUCGCUGGUGCAAGAGAAGGCGUGCUCCACAACCACAGAAAAGUGCAAGUGCUGAAGCUGCCAAUGAGAUCCACUACAUCCCUUCUGUACUCAUUGGAGGUGGCCAUGGAAGAGAAAGCCUACGCAAUGCCCGUGGACAAUCCACUCACCCUGGUGGAACACUAAGUAUCCGUGAAACACCAAUCCUGGAUGGAUAUGAAUAUGAUGUCACUGAACUGCGUCAUCACCUUCAGCGGGAAUGUAUGAAUGGAGGUGAAGACUUUAGCAGCCAGGUUUCACGCACACUGGAUUCCCUUCAUGGAUGCAAUGAAAAAAAUACCAUGGAUCUCACACCAGUGUUUGCUUUGAAUUCAGCUUCCUCAGGAAGCGACAAUGCCAAGAUGUCUCUCAUGAACAAGUACAAAGACAGCAUGAUAGCCACCAGCCCAAUGGAUUCCAACCACCAUCCCACAACCCUCCUGUCGCAUGGAGCCAGCAUCCAACACAAGCGCAUCAACAGCAAGUCACGAGCGGGCUCAGCAUUUCUUAACCCUGAAGGUGACUGUGGGGCAGACCUGGACAAUGAAACUCAAUUAACCUUUUAUACAGACCCUUCUCGCAGCAGAAGACGCAGUCGAGUGGGCUCACCACGCAGUCCCGUCAACAAGAUGACUUUGACUCUGAUCAGUGUGACCAGUUGUGUCAUUGGCUUGGUGUGUUCAUCCCAGCUCAGCUGCCCUUUAAUUGUGAAGAUAACACUUCAUGUCCCUGAACAUCUCAUAGCUGAUGGAAGUCGCUUUAUUCUACUGGAAGGUAGCCAGCUUGAUGCCAGCGAUUGGCUUAAUCCAGCCCAGGUGGUUCUCUUCUCCCAGAUGAACUCCAGUGGUCCCUGGGCCCUAGACCUAUGUGCAAGGAGAAUUCUGGAUCCUUGUGAACAUCUCUGCGACUCUGACACUGGGGAAUGCUUGUGCCAUGAAGGCUAUAUGAGGGAUCCUGUGCACAAACAUCUAUGUAUCCGCAAUGAGUGGGGCACUAACCAAGGCCCCUGGCCAUAUACCAUGUUCCAAAGAGGAUUUGAUCUAGUACUGGGAGAGCAGCCUUCGGACAAAAUCUUCAGAUUUACUUAUACAUUGGGGGAAGGCAUGUGGCUUCCUCUCAGCAAGAGUUUUGUCAUACCCCCUGCAGAACUUGCCAUUAAUCCAUCUGCCAAGUGCAAGACAGACAUGACUGUUAUGGAGGAUGCUGUGGAAGUCAGAGAGGAGCUCAUGACUUCUUCUUCGUUUGAUAACCUUGAAAUCCUUCUAGAUUCUUUUGGACCUGUCCGGGAUUGCUCCAAGGAUAAUGGAGGUUGCACUAAGAACUUCCGUUGUGUCUCGGAUCGCAAGCUGGAUUCCAGUGGUUGUGUGUGUCCAUCAGGACUAAGUCCAAUGAAAGAUCUAUCAGGCUGCUAUGACCGGCAGAUGGGAGUAGAUUGUUCUGAUGGCUUUAAUGGAGGCUGUGAACAGCUCUGUCUCCAUGAAGAUGUUCCUCUGUCGGAAGAGUCAGAUUUGUAUAACAUUUACAUGUACUGUGGAUGUAUAGAGGAAUAUAAACUCGGUGUGGAUGGGCUGGCAUGUCACCUGAUAACAGAGCCAUGCCCUGGUGGAGAGCACUGUGGUGACAACCAGGAGGUGCCUAUGAAUCAGACACUUUUUGGGGAGCUCUUUUACGGCUACAAUAACCUCACCAAGGAACUGGCACCUAAUCAACUGCUCAAAGGAACUUUCAGGCAAAAUAACUUUGCUCGGGGACUAGAACAUCAGCUUCCAGAUGGACUCCUUGUAGCGACCAUUCCAUCGGAAACUCAGUGUCAUGAAGAGAUAUCGGAGCCAGUCCCUGAUCCCGAAUUCUUGACAGGUAUGGUAAACUUUAGUGAGGUGUCUGGUUACCCACUAAUUCAACACUGGACUGUUCGAUCUGUAAUUUACCAUGUCCGACUCAACCAACCAUCUCUUUCCCAAGCAUUCUCUCAGGCUCUUCACUCCCUGGAUGGGGCUACAUCAAGACUGGAAUUUAUGGCACUUCUGAAGCAGUUUGGCAAUCACUAUAUCCAAGAAGCAGUUUAUGGCUUUGAGGAGUCAUGUUCUAUCUGGUAUCCUAACCGACAAGUGCAAAGACAGCUCUGGCUUGAAUUUGAAGACAUCAGCAAAGGUAAUACCCCUUCAGAUGAGUCAGAGGAGCGAGAGAGAGACCCAAAAGUGCUAACAUUCCCUGAAUACAUCACCAGCCUGCUAGACACUGGCACAAGGCGGAUGGCACAUGGAGUACGCAUGGAGUGCCAGAGUCGAGGUCGUUGCUCUUCCUAUUGCCCACUGUGCCAUGUAACCUCCAGUCCUGAUGCCCCUCCUGAACCAGUUCUUCUGGAAGUCACAAAGGCAAUUCCAAUAUAUGAACUGGUCACCAGCAAUAAUGCCACUCAGCAGUUGCUGCAGGAAGCUGUACUAAGCUCUAUCUGGUGCUCUGGCCAUGGAGAUGUCAUUGAGGACUGGUGCCGCUGUGACUCAACUGCUUUUGGUGUCGACGGGCUUCCUAAUUGUGCACCUUUGCCCCAACCAGUGCUUCGUCUGUCUAUGCUGCAGGAACCUAGCAGUUCCCUUCUGGUGCUGGACUGGCUGCACCAUGAAUCACCAAUAGGGGCCCGUAUUAUAGAUUAUCUGAUCAGCCAGGAAAAGGUCACAGAUAGACUGGACCAUUCUAAAGUGGAAUCAGAGACAGUUUUGAGUUUUGUGGAGGACAUUAUCUCAGGAGCAAAGUCACCAUGCACAAUGCCAGCCCAAGUACCUGACAAAUAUUCUUCCACUAUAUCACUCAUCAUUCGCUGCCUGGAGCCUGAUACUACCUACACGUUUACGCUUUGGGGAGUGGACAAUACAGGAAGGCGGUCAGAGCCCAGCCAUGUAACAGUUAAAAUGCCCUGCCCAGAGGUGGAUGAUGUGAAGUCUCAAGAAGUAGCUGACAAGAUCUACAACCUUUUUAAUGGGUACACCAGUGGUAAAGAGCAGCAGACAGCAUAUAACACUCUUUUGGAACUUGGAUCCCCCACGUUGCACAGAGUUCGCUAUCAUUAUAAUCAGCACUUCCAGAGCUUUGGAGAGUUUACCUGGCGAUGUGAAGAUGAACUAGGGCCCAGGAAAGCUGGCUUGGUUCUCUCUCAGUUGGAUUCGCUGAGUCCAUGGUGCAGUCAUCUCCUGAGUGGACCUCGGAUCACCUUGCGUCGCUCAUCUAUACACUACCUGGCUUGUCGGUAUAGUGAGGUUAAACCUCAUGCACUCAACUGGCUUGAACUAAGUCGGGAUUUGCGUAAAAACUGUGAGGAGCAGGUGCUGGUUGUGCUUAGUAAUGACUAUGGAGACCGCAAGGAUAACUGAACAUGGCAGCGAAACAGCAGGAACAAAGAAAGAAGGCACAAAAUGUGGUACAUGGUUUAAGAGGGAAACUGAUUGUUAGAUUGACCUCGAAUUGACUACUAUUGCCUAUUAACCAGGAUGAAUCAAACAGAAGAAUCCAAUGACACUGGUAGACAUUUAUAAAUAUGGAUUUUGCAAAUACAUUUAAAAAAUGAAAAGAAAAAACUAUAUCAUACAUUGCAAACAUACACAAACCCUAAUGAUUUUAUUUUAGCUGAAGCAUCAAACAGUAUUUUAGCUACAUGUAUUAAUAUUCUGGACAUGAUUGCAGCAAGUGUGUCAAUUACUUUGUUAUAAUAUGAUUAUCUUUGUAUAAUCCAAUAUGGACAGCAUGCCACAAUGGAAGUGUAGCAGUUACAGACUAAUGUGUGGUGCGAAUUGUUAUUUCCUCCUUUAAAAACUGAAGGAAACAGUGUUCUUGUAAACUGAAUAUAUUUGCUAUGGUUUGUGUAGGUGAAUGCUAUGUCUCUCAGUCAGUCGAUAACAGCAAAUAUCUUUUAACUAGGGUUUUUGUCAGGACUUGUCUGUGUGCUCUCCAAAAUAGCUUUCUUCUUGUUUGCCUUGGAAGAAGUCUGGAACUCACAGAGUUUACAUAGUGCCUACAUUCAAUGUAUUGUCUAUUCUUUUAGGUGUAAAACAGGAGCCACAGGUAUUUUAUCUAUAUUUAAGUUCUGUGGAGGUAUUCACCUCCAUAGCAGAACACUGGACCAGAUUCAAGACCUUAAGUACCCCACAGGCCUUUCAAAAUCAGGCAUGGUUUGUGUUUGUAAGUGUAUUUUAAAGCUCCCAAGAUGACUACUUUGGCUUAUUGACUAUUCUAACGCUUCAACCAUUCUUAUGAUAAUUCUAUUAUUAAUCCUGGAAAAUGUUUAUGCUCCAUCAAAGUAAAAGAACCCAAAGCAUAAAAAAAUUGUAGUAAAUAGUGUAAGAUAAUAUUUCAACAGAAUGAUGGAAAAAUUUUAGUAUAAAGGUAUAAAAUACUUUUGAAGAAUACACCUUGUUUCCUUUUGUGCAGUGUAUAGCAUAUGAUAAAUGCUAUAUCAAUAGAUAUAUAAUCCUGUAUAUGCUGGAUUAGAGAGUUAAAAUGAACAGAAGUAGCAACAUGCUGAAAUCCAUCUAUGUAAAUUAUAGGAUCAAUUUCCACCUAAAUGACACCUGAAUCUAUUACUUUUGAAUUAAAUUAAUUCUCUACAGGACACAAAGGCUAAAAGUCCACUAAGUGAAAGAGUACAAGUAGUAGAUAAUGACUUGUCUAGGGGACAGAACUGAACUAUUUUUGUGGAUGUGUUCCAUAGAGAGUCAUUAUGAAAGGCACCAAGGUAAUGAUAAAGAGUACCAUCUGAAAGGAUGGAUAUCAAAUGGAACUGAUGUAACUGCCCACUGGAAUAAACUGGAAGGCAGCCUGGGCCUACUGUAAAUGAAAUAUUUAUCUUAUUGUUUCAUACAACUGAACUCUGUGUGUGUAGUGACCAAAACAAUCCUCAGGGAGGCAUCCAUUUCCUUUAUCUGACAUGCAUUCACAGUGUAGCAGGGUUGUUAAACAGUGAUGAUAUCUCAAGUGAGUUCCAUAUUACCUUCUUUCUUCUCUGAUAACAUUGCCCCAAAAAGUGUUGUAUGAAGAAGCCGGAGUUUGAUAUAUUUUUAUUAUUAUAGUUUAAGCUUGCUUGCUUAUAAUCCCUGAGCCAUUAUUUCCACCAAAAUAAUAAAGAGCUAAACAAACUAUUAUCUAUCCAAAAGGUAAAUAACACAAUUCAGCUCUCUUUUCUAAAAUUGCUAUGGUGUAUUUCUUUGAGAAAAACACAAUAACCUCAAGGCUGCAUGUGAUAAAAUGCUUACUGUGCCAUCUGAGAAAGAAUGGCUUAAAACUGUUUUUUUUUUUUUUAAGAAUCAAUAAAAAUCUUUAAUGUACUAUUCA